GUGCUUUGUCCUGGGCAGGACGUUAAAAGGCCUCGGUUCCCCAUGUUUUGAGAACCGGACGAAUGGGUUUGCAGCUCAGCAUGGGAAAGAGUCCUAGGGCAAUUUUGGGGUUGAAAGACGAUGUCACACCCCUGGCAACCCGAACACGCCAUCUGGCGUUUAGCCCAGACAUGCUCGGAUCGAGCGUUUGGCACGGAAGGGUAGCAGCGGCGCCCUUCAUUGGCCAACUUGGCCCUCGGAUAUUCGACGCCGACACGACGGAUUUUUCGUGCUCGGCACAUGAAUUGACUCCAUGUGCAUGUGGAUGGAUGCCUUGGAGAAAACGAGAUGUGGAGAACGACGGCGCCUGUUGUUCCUCCAACGGAUUUCACAAGGUCGACGACGACCAUACGGUGAUAAACUUGUGUUUUUCACGAGGACGGCCUCACCAGCCGUUCCUCCUACUGAGAUUCCACUCCCAGCGGACGAGCGGUCCUCUGGAUGAGUGACGUGUUCGUGGUAGCCGAUGGCUCCACGAGCAGUACUGUGUUCACUUGCUCUUCACCGCGUCAUGCGCUGUUGAGCAAAACCCGCCGUUUCAACGUGGAUGACUGUCGAAAAUGAUCGAGCAACACAACCGCUGUCGGCAUCACGACAGACGGGGUUAGCCCCUUUUGCGUCGGAGGCGCAAAACGGGCUAUCCAGUGCCAACCAGGCGGGGUCCUUUCUGAAGGAGAUAAGCGCGAUAGUAAGAGCGAUAUGCCGGACAUUGUCAUGUCAAGACCAACGAUCUCCCGCGGCAGAGGUUACUUUGCUCCGGAGCCAGCGUCUCGGACUAGGCCGAGGAGGACCUGCCCCACGAUUCACUCCACCACCCUUUGGGUGCCGAUACGUGGGGACAACGCUUGCGAACGGGAACCUGGAGGGUUCAUGGGCUUGAGCUGGUCGCGUCUCUUUGAUACAGUCACAUCGAUGGCUGUUGAAAAAAGCUCACUGCUCGAUCACAGUUCGGAGUUGAAAAUGGUGUGUCAUUAGGAACAACAGGUGGGGUGUAUUGGUCCAGAGAGGGAUGGCUUUUGAUUCCCUUUGGCUUUAUACGCCUGGACUGCCGAUACACAAGCCUGGCAUUGGUUUCCAACGAUCCAGCUUCGGGAACUUUGAAGCGGAUAAACGUGAUAACGGGGGACAGCAGGUGGGGGGUUCCUGGAUAGAUGGGGAUGACUUUUGAUUCUCUUCAGUCAAAUAUGCCUAGACAGUCGUAGCCCAAACCUGACAUUUGUUCCCA